AUGAAUCUUCAGCAGGCGGUAGCGCUGUUAUUCAUCUCUACGUUUUUGUACGUAACAGUCUUGAUCUUUCAACCCGGCAUAUUGUCAGCUUUACCGAAUAUACUUUCGUGGUCAUACUCCGAGUACAUUGAUGAUCCGUACGGCGAUUCAGCUCGCCGCAGUCUCGCCUUAAACAUUUCAGAAAACACCGGAACUCCUCUGCUUAAUUUUAAAGAUCUGGGAGGCAACAAGGCCAAAGUGUUACUCUUGGUUAUUGUUAGCACUGCACCACAAAGAUUUGCCAGAAGGCAAGCAAUACGGGACACAUGGUGGAAGCACUGUACUGGGGAUCAGGUAAAGCUACAGAAAACGGGCGACAAAAACGUGCAAUUUUUAUUUUACAUCGCUGCAAAACGAGUUGAAUAGCGAUGUUGCGCGUUUUACCACUUACGUUUGAACCUGUCUUGCAACAAACCAGGUUGUUGCAAGUUAUGUGAAUACUGACUUCUGAUUGGAUAAAAUUACGCGGAAGUCACACGAGAGCUCCUGACGGGAGUUACGUUACUUGCUGAAAAACAAGAUUGCCCGGUUGGCCUGUAAGACUCGCUACAUAUACAGAUUUUGCUGCAAAAAGUACUACUACUUUCCGCAACAAAGUUUGGCAACCUGCUACAAACUGAGUUGAUGCAAGACAGGCUUUGAUGUUGCUAGUAAAAGGCGCAACAUCGCCAUUCAACUCGUUUUGCAACAUGUUGCAAAACAAGUCUACGAUUUUGUUGCCCGAUUUACAGUCCCUCGGGACUAGCGUAGGUGUCCCCUUGCGGGUUAUGUCGGCCUGCGGGAAACUGGAUGAAUAUGAAGCGCUACAAGGGAUCAGUUGGACAAAUUUGAUAUACAGAGUAACUGCUCAUGUAUUUAACUAAAGAACUACGCCAUUACUAAUUAAACUGUGCCAUUCAAAUUAUAUACAUUUAUCUUUUGCUCAAAUAGAAAAUAUUAGCCCUUUUUUAGUGUGAUUGUGAGUCGGCUUAAGGGAGGUUACUUUAGCUUACGCGGAUCUCCACAAGGACGUGGUUGCGGCUGGUCGAUCUACUUUCUUAAAACCAAUAGCGACUAAUAAAGAAUGAUUUUCCUUAAUUUCACCAGGUCAAGUGCGUUUUUGUUACUGAUGGUCUAACCGAGGACGAGAACCAACGCACACUUAUUCUCAGAGAAAGAAUCAAAUACAGAGAUCUAGAGUUUCAGCCAUUGCUCGGAGGCCGAGAGUUCGGCCUUCGCUUUCUCAACCAUAUAAAGUGGGCCAAGGCGAAGUUUGACUUCCGUUUCCUCCUUAGGACUGAUGAUGAUUACUUCCUUUGUCUAAAGAGGCUUCUGUUUGAGCUUCCGGUGCGGCCAGAUACGAGCCUGGUUUGGGGAAAUUUCCACUGUCAAGAUGGUAUAACGUGGGUGGACGAAUCGUUUAUGAUCUUCUCGCCCGAUAUUAUUUAUAAAUUCCUGGCGCAAAACGAAACAACAAUGAUGUGCCACCCUCACGCGGACCAACAAAUCGGUCUGUGGCUGGAGAGCAUUGACAGCAAAUUGUUUUUUCACGAUAGCAGAUUAUACCACCAUCCACCGGCAUCAUUUUCCAAGCAAUUCGAGAACGUAUUCAACGUCUGUGAUUCGUAUUUAGGAAUACAUGGAACUUACGUGGAAAAGAUGCGUUAUUUUGGACGGAAUGCCAACGAUGGGGCAAAAAGCGUGGUUCCCAUGGGAGAUUUUGCAGAUUUUUGUCCAACGACACAUUUUGAUUAUCGUAAAAUCAGUCCACCUUUCUUUUUUAAACCCAAACCUUGCAUCACUAAUCCAACUUGGAACUUGGAAAGAAAUAUGUACGGUGGCCGUGAAGAGGGACAGGUAGGGCAAUAA